CAGGGGGCAGGGCGCCCCAGCUGCCCUGUCUCCUCCAUCCCCCUCCACACGUACCCACAUCAGGAGCUCUCCUCGCCAGCCUCUCCCAGCCACCAUGUCCAGGCAGUCCACUCUCACCUUCCAGACAGGCAGCCGCAGGGGCUUCAGCAUGGCCUCAGCCACCACCCUAGCCACCAGCCGCUCUCGCUUCAGCUCCGUCUCUGUGGCCCACUCCGGUGUGGGCAGUGGAGGGACGGGAAGGAUCAGCGGUGCUGGGACCAGCUGUGGAAGCCUCAGCCUCUACAACCUGGCGGGGACCAAGCAGGUCUCCAUCAGUGGGUGCAGCAGCUUCCGAAGUGGCUUUGAUGGCAGGGCGAGCAGAGAGAUUGAGGUCAGUGGUGGGUUCGGCUAUGGGGGCAGAACUGGAGGGGGCUAUGGGGGCCACGGCUUCUCCGUCUGUCCCCCUGGAGGCAUCCAAGAGGUCACCAUCAACCAUCUCCUGACUCCCCUCAACAUGCAAAUUGACCCCACCAUCCAGCCAUUACGGAAAGAAGAGCGGGAGCAGAUCCAGACCCUCAAUGACAAGUUUGCCUCUUUCAUUGACAAGAUGCGGUUCCUGGAGCAGCAGAACGAGGUCCUGGAAACCAAGUGGGCCCUGCUGCAGGAGCAGGGCACCAAGACCGUGAGGCAGAGCCUGGAGCCCAUCUUCAACACCUACAUCAACCUCCAGUGGCAGUUGGACAGCGUCACCACCAAGAGGGGCAGGCUGGGUGCUGAGCUGAGAACCAUGCAGGAUGUCGUGGAAGAUCUCAAAGUCAGGUACGAGGACGAAGUUAACAAGCACACUGCUGCUGAGAAUGAGUUUGUGGCUCUGAAGAAAGACUUGGAUGCCCCCUACAUAGACAAGGUGGACCUGGAGGCCAAGGUCAACUCUCUGACCAAAGGGACCAAUUUCCUCUGGGUGCUCUUUGAGGCAGAACUGUCCCAGAUGCAGACCCGGGUCAGCGACACAUCGGUGGUCCUGUCCAUGGACAACAGCUGCAGCCUGGACCUGGAUGGCAUCAUCGCCGAGGUCAAAGCCCAGUACGAGGACAUCACCAACUGAAGCCGGGCUGAUGCUGUGUCCUGGUACCAGACCAAGUACGAGGAGCUGCAGGUCACGGCAGGCCGGCCCGGCGAUGAUCUCCGCAACACCAAACGAGAGAUCUCUGAGACGGACCGGAUGAUCCAGAGGCUGAGAGCCGAGAUCGACAACGUCAAGAUGCAGUGUACCAGCCUGCACACAGCCAUCGCCGACGCGGAACAGCACGGAGAACUGGCCCUCAAGGAUGCACGGGCCAAGCUGGUGGACCUGGAGGAGGCCCUGCAGAAGGCCAAGCGGGACAUGGCACAGCUGCUGCGUGAGUAGGAGCUCAUGAACAUCAAGCUGGCCUUGGACAUGGAGGUCGCCACUUACAGGAAGCUGCUGGAGGGCGAGGAGUGCAAGUGAGGGCAGAUGCACCAACUCCAUCCCAGCUGCCUGGGCAUUCCUAGGGGCUCAGGUGCUGCAGGCCCCUCCUUGCCUGGAAAAGGGAGCAAAACGCAGGUGGAAUUGGACUAUGACAAAGAAUACAGGUGCAAUUUCUUUCCAGGGAAAUCAUGAGCAGAUUCCCACAUUUGAGGUGUAACUACUUUUAGCACCCCAUAGAAAUUUAGGAGCUGAUUGGAUCUCCGUAAUCAACUUCUAUCAAAGGAGAAAGUUGGUUACACGGUGGGUCUGGAUAUGUGGUAUGAACUGAGAAUAAAUUGUCCUAGGAUUUGGGCUGACAGGUCUACCACUAACUAGCUAUGUAAGCUUAGGAAACUCAGUAUCCCCUCCCCUGCCCAGCCCCAGCCUUCAAUUUCUUUAGUGAUGGAAUAAAGAGGCCAGGUCACAUGAUCCCCAAAGCCCCAUGGGAGCUUUGUGCUCGCCAGUUACCAGCUGUGUGACCAAGGGCCAAUUACUUCAUCUCUCCAGUCCUCACCUGUAAAAUGGGGAUAACCACAGUUUCUAUCUUAUAUGUUAUUAAGGGGGCUAAAGUGAGGGACUAUAUAUGAAGCUCUUAGAACAAUGCAUGGGACACAGCAAAUGGUCAAUAAAUGUUAGCUAUCUUUCAGUUUAAUGGCCAAAGAUAUGCGCUUUGGAGUCAAAUGAAUCUGACCUCAAAUCCAGCUUUGUGAUCAUGGGCAAGUUAAUUAACCUCUCUGAUCUUCAAUUUCGCCAUCUGUAAAACUGAGAUAAUAAAACCUACUUAAUGGGGUGUUGAGAGAAUUAAGUGGCAUAAUGUAGGUAGUAGGUAGGUAGCCUUUUUUAAUGUUCUGUCUGUGUUUAUAAUGAAUGCCACUUCUGUCCUCAAGAUGCUAAAGCAAAACUACUCUACUUGCUACAACAAUGAUAGACUUAUUAUUGUUAUCGUUACACUUAUGACUCAGACUCCUCUCCACACCUGUAAUAACCUCAGUGCCUGACAAUAGUCCAUUACUGAAAGAGAGCUCUUCUUGUUCUAUGACAGCCCUACCUUUCCAGCUGACAGUAGCAUAUGAUUAGCUUUAAUUUUCUUAAGGUGUCUACCUCAUUUACACCAAAAAAUGUGUUUCUGAGAUUACAGGUUUGACUCCUAUGAACCCCAAACUCUGCAUUAUUUCAUUCAUUAGAUUAUUAUUUUUAAUACUACUAGUAUUUAAAUAAUUUCAACCUCCAUUACUUCUGCAAUAAAAAAUAAUUCAGGUUUUUCUAAAUACAUUUAAAACAAUUGCAAAAACGUCGCUUCCAAUGGCUGUAAGCUGCUGAACACCACAGUAACCUUCCUUCUCCCCCCUCCCCCCCAAUCAGGCCGAGCGGAGAGGGUGUUUCUCCAGUUAACAUCUGUGAGUAUGACAUCCUCUUGUAUCGUUUGGAGUGUAUGUGGCUGGGGUCUGGGGAGCUUGUGGGCAUGCUGGAGGGUGGCAGGGAUACAUGGGUCAUUGGAGGGGAU